UCUGUGACCAGGAGGACUUUUGGGCAUAGUGGCAUCGCUGUGCAUACGUGGUACGCCUGUCCAGCACUAAUAAAGUCUAUCUGGGCUAUGGCCAUUAGUCAACAUCAGUUCUACCUGGACAGAAAGCAAAGCAAGUCCAAGAUUCAUGCUGCAAGAAGCCUGAGUGAGAUUGCGAUUGACCUGACCGAAACUGGAACGCUCAAGACCUCAAAGCUGGCCAACAUGGGGAGUAAAGGCAAAAUUAUCAGCGGCAGCAGCGGGAGUCUUCUGUCAUCAGGUUCCCAAGAGUCAGAUAGUUCUCAGUCUGCCAAGAAAGACAUGCUGGCUGCACUGAAAUCCAGGCAAGAAGCUUUGGAAGAGACACUGCGCCAACGCUUGGAAGAGCUAAAGAAACUGUGUCUCCGAGAAGCGGAGCUCACAGGAAAGCUGCCACGAGAAUACCCCCUAGAUCCUGGGGAGGAGCCACCUAUUGUAAGGAGAAGAAUAGGAACUGCCUUUAAACUGGAUGAGCAGAAAAUCCUGCCUAAGGGAGAGGAGGCAGAGCUGGAGCGCCUGGAGAGGGAGUUUGCCAUUCAGUCCCAGAUCACAGAGGCUGCACGGCGCUUGGCGAGCGACCCAAACGUCAGCAAAAAGCUGAAGAAACAGAGGAAGACAUCCUACCUGAACGCCCUAAAGAAACUGCAGGAAAUCGAAAAUGCCAUCAAUGAGUAUCGCAUCAAAUCUGGAAAGAAGCCAACCCAGAGAGCCUCCCUGAUCAUAGAGGAAGGAAACAUUGCCAGUGAAGACAGCUCCCUCUCAGAUGCCCUUGUUCUCGAGGAUGAGGAUUCUCAGGUCACCAGCACAAUAUCCCCUCUCCAGUCCCCACACAAAGGACUCCCUCCCCGGCCACCCUUGCACAACAGGCCUCCUCCUCCACAGUCACUGGAAGGCCUCCGCCAAAUGCAUUACCACCGCAAUGACUAUGACAAGUCCCCCAUCAAACCCAAGAUGUGGAGCGAGUCAUCCUUGGAUGAACCCUAUGAGAAGGUCAAGAAACGCUCCUCACACAGUCAUUCCAGCAGUCACAAGCGGUUCCCCAGCACCGGGAGCUGUGCCGAGGCAGGAGGGAGCAGCUCGCUGCAGAACAGCCCCAUCCGGAGCCUUCCCCACUGGAACUCCCAGUCCAGCAUGCCAUCAACGCCAGAUCUACGGGUACGCAGUCCACACUACGUCCACUCCACGCGGUCAGUAGACAUCAGCCCGACCAGACUGCACAGCUUAGCUCAGCACUUUAGACACCGGAGCUCCAGUUUGGAGUCGCAAGGCAAGCUCCUCGGCUCAGAAAAUGAGACAGGGAGCCCCGAUUUCUACACCCCAAGGACUCGUAGCAGUAAUGGCUCUGACCCCAUGGACGACUGCUCUUCCUGCACCAGCCAUUCCAGCUCUGAGCACUACUACCCUGCUCAGAUGAACCCCAACUACUCCACCCUGGCAGAGGACUCCCCGUCAAAAGCCAGAGAGAGGCAGAGGCAAAGGCACAAAUCGGCGGGCAACCUGGUCUCUUCCAAUUCGGGGAGUAUGCCCAACCUGGCUGCGAGGAACGGGACAGGGCACCACCGCGUCUACCUGCACAGCCAGAGCCAACCCUCCUCCCAGUACAGGAUCAAAGAGUAUCCCCUGUACAUCGAGGGCAGCUCCACGCCCGUGGUGGUGCGGAGCCUGGAGAAUGACCAGGAGGGACACUACAGCGUGAAAGCACAAUUCAAAACCUCCAACUCCUACACAGCGGGGGGGAUGUUUAAGGAGAACUGGCACGGGGAUGAAGUGGACUCUGUCAGGCUCACCCCCUCCCGCUCCCAAAUCAUAAGGACUCCAUCGCUGGGCAGGGAGGGCCACGAGAAAGGCUCGGGUAGGACUGCCGUGUCGGACGAGCUGCGGCUCUGGGACCAGCGGUCCACGUCCCCCCGCCUCUCGCACACGAGCUCCACUUCCUCGGACAGCAGCUCCCAGUACAGCACAUCUUCGCAAAGCACCUUUGUGGCGCACAGCCGGGUCACGAGAAUGCCUCAGAUGUGUAAAGCAACGUCAGCUGCCUUACCUCACAGCCAGAGGAGUUCAACACCGUCGAGUGAACUAGCAGCCACGCCGCCGGGCAGUCCCCAUCACAUUCUCGCAUGGCAGACUGGGAGCUACAACGAUAGCUGUUUCCUGGAUUCUCCCCUCUAUCCAGAAUUAGCAGAUGUCCAGUGGUAUGGGCAGGAAAAAGCCAAGCCUGGGACUCUAGUGUGA